GUUAUGUCAUAUCAAUAUUUCAUGCAUUCCGAAAAGAGAUGACAUUACGAACUUUUCUUUCUUUAGCCUAUUGCAAUGAAAGAUUCCCUGAACGUAUCGUGUUGACAUGUUACUCUGCAAUUAAUUAAGAUCUUAUUUAGAAUUGCGGAAUUAUUUUGCUCAUCCAUGUCCUUUUAAAAAAGUUUUCAAAGCGGUACACGUAGGCGUCAUGGUUAAGUAAGACUUCCUCUCAUGUAGAGCGGAGGUGGAGUUACAUUUCUGCGACUAAUUUACCAAGAGUUUACGAAAAGGGGCAGGGCAGGCUUCGGACAAAUCAUUUUUAUACGGCAAACGGACUUAACAGGUGCCUAGCUAAACUUUAUUUCACCGAAAACUGGGCUGAUCUGGCUUACCACAACUAUAAUUAAGUACCAUGGACAGCGUAUUCGCUAACCUGGACGCAGCUUCCUUUCUGCAGAUCUGGCAACACUUCGAUAUUGACGAUAAUGGUUAUAUUGAGGAGAAAGAGCUUGAUGACUUUUUCCGACGCCUGACGAAGAAAAUGAGUGUAGGCAACAAGAUGACCGAGGAGAAGAUACAGCAGUUGAAAAAGAAGUUCAUGUCAGCCGGCACAUCAGAUGGACGUCUGCAAAUCCAGGAGCUGGCUAAGAUGGUGCUUCCUGAGGAUGAGAACUUCCUGUUACUGUUCCGUAGGGAGACGCCACUGGACAACAGCGUAGAGUUCAUGAGGAUCUGGAGAAACUAUGAUGCAGACAGCAGUGGAUACAUAUCAGCAGUGGAGCUAAAGGGCUUCCUUCAAGACCUCUUUCUACAACACAAGAAGGUCAUCACUCCUAGCAAACUGGAGGAAUACACAGACGCCAUGAUGAAAAUGUUUGAUAAAAAUGAAGAUGGCCGGCUGGAUUUGAACGACUUAGCCAGGAUUCUAGCACUCAAAGAAAACUUUCUGCUAAAGUUUGAAAUGCAUGCCUGCAGCCAGGAGGACCGGAAGAGGGACUUUGAAAAGAUAUUUGCGCAUUACGAUGUCAGUAAGACAGGAGCUUUAGAAGGACCAGAGGUGGAUGGCUUUGUUAAAGAUAUGAUGGAGCUAGUCAAGCCCAGCAUCAGUGGCACUGACCUGGACAAAUUCCGGCGUGUCCUGCUGGGUCACUGUGACGUCAAUGGAGACGGAAAGAUCCAGAAGAACGAACUGGCGCUGUGCCUGGGCCUGAAGCUGAACUCAUAACCCCUCCCUUGAGUUGGCAGAGAAACCUCCGUGCCUCUGCCCACAGUGCCAUCUUGAGACAGCCCAUAUUAAUGACAACCCAGUGCAGUAGCUUUUAUAAGAGGAGCUCAAUUAUCAGCUGAGGACGGUGUUGGGAGUGAUGUGGGGGAGGGAAAGGACUAGUUUUUGAAAUGUCUUGCAUGCUCUAGAUUUACAUUGUUGACAUUGUUUGUGGCAUUAUUUAUAUCUUAGCUGCUUAUAGGAGUGUGCCAAUAUUGAAAAUGUAAUGCGCUGUGAUGGAAUCGACAAAAUUCUGGACAAAAGUGUGAUGAUUGCACAGGAUUCUUCAUCAUCUGUGUGAAAGCAAAAGAAAGGACUAAGCUUCUUGGUGGUUCCAGGUUAUUUGUGUUAUUGUGGUUUUGCUUACCUACACUUGUUAGCCGUGAUCUGAAAACUGUCAAUGGACUUGAUCUGUUAUUGUUUCAAAUGUGUGUAAAACUUAUAUGUAAUUAUGUAAAAUAAGGGAAUUAAAUACAUUGUGAUGAAAACUCUGA